AUGGUGGCAAAUGCCGGCCCGAGUUCACUCUCCGAGCUGGCCGAGCCGGAGUUCGUAAGACAAGAGAUGGCCAAAGUAGUGAUUGGUGGAGUCACCACUGGUAUCGCUGGGAUGACGAUCGGCUCACUCUUGGCAGUGCAGAAGAACCUUCCAGCUACCGUGCCUGGCCUGACGAUGUGCAUCAAAACGUCCAGCUUCGGGACCGCUUUCUUUGCGCUGCGACAGUUCGUCGUCAACCCGGUCCUCCAAAUCAAUCGGGUUCCGACCACCUCGAGCUCGAGUACCCCACACUUUCACGGCCUCUUGUCUACCGGGAUAUCCGCUGCGAUGGUCGGCGGCUCGGUGAACGGCUACCUGCGUGGCAGAAGAGUGAUUGGGCGGAGCGGCCUGACGACCGGGCUAGUCUGUUGCACGCUGCAGAUCGUGUACAACGAGCUAGGGAUCCUGCGGCGGAUGGUGUUCGAUUCGAGGAGUGGGGAGGUCAAGGGGGGUGGUCCUGAGCGGCCGGUGGCCCCGGCAUGGUGGGAGGCCUGGAUCCCGCUGUCGAAGAUCUCGGACGAGGAGUGGAAGGAGCGGCUGUCGGUGCAGCUCGCCGACAACGGGCUCCAGCUCGCGACCCUCAACCAGCAAAUCAGCCAGCUCCAGAAUGCAAUCUCCAACCAUCGCAAGGGCCCCCCUGCUAAUCCCUCCUAA